AUGGUGUUCCCGGAGGAUGAAGUGCCCAUUGAGCUUUGUCCGUUUUCAACUGCAACACCAGCAGAAGCAUCUUUGACACCUGCGUCGGUAACAGCAGAUGAAUCAGCAACGACAAGCUCGCUAAAUCGAACCGUGGGGAGAAGGAAGCGCAGGAAGAAAUUGAGUUAUUCAGCUUCACGAAGCAAGUUAGCAACCAAGUCGAGGCAGGAGCAAGACAGUGUCCCCGCUUCACCUGCAUUAGAGGACAAAAUCAGCAUUUCAGUGAACGGACACGCAGGUGAGAAUGGAGUCCAGACUGACACCGGCGAGAAUGCACCUCCAUCACCGGUAUAUCCUGAUGCAGACGCUUCACACCUGUACCCGUCGACACCCGAAGGAGAACCCUGGCAUUGGGAAGAUGUUGAUCCGUACUUUGACCCUCUAGCACAGGGCGACCUGGAUAAUCUGGCUCGCUGGCGCAAGGAAAACGCUGAUUUCAUUGCGGCGAACGCAAGAGCAUGUCGCGACAUGCCAGGGAUGGAGACGAAGCGUGCAGUAUUAGAGUCUAUGCUCGCAGAUGCUUCAGAUGCGUCGACGGCUCACGUGGAUAUCCCAAUUCGUCGGGGACGGAGUUACCGCGAUGUUUGGGAGGAAAAGGAUUUUCUUGUUCAACAAAAGCGCGACAACUCCGCGGGGGAAACUCAUCAAGCCAGUUCCUUGCUGGAAUCCCAUCGCGACUUGGUGUAUGGAUACGAUGACGAUCUCUUCCUCGAGUUUAAGAGUCGUCUUGAGGAUCGAGUUGUGUUUGAUGAAGAAGUUCUCCCGAGUUUCCCAGUACAUCAGUUGCAUCCAGCGUCUCUAGGAUUUUGGAAGCUCCGCAAGAAUCAAGAACCUGAUUUUGAAGUUGUGCACCCUGCAUCUGUAAACCGUGAUAAAGUUCCUACACGCUGGAGAGAGGAGAGGAAGCAGCAUCGCCAACAACAGUACGAACUCCAACUACAGCACACAAAUGAACUAGCUGAUCCGAGUGAUGGAGACGAUGAAAGUACUGGCGACACGGCUCGUGAUCGACUCCGUGCGACUAUUUCUACCAGCGAGAUUACUGAUGAGCUACCGUCAUUUGGCAACUGUGUGGAAGCAGAUGAAAUCUCACAAGCGCUGGCUGCUUCAAUGCGAAAGCUGAUUCCGCUGUCCAUGUACAACUGGCGAACUGCGCAGCUCGUAUACGAAAGAGCAGCGUGUAGUAUCCAAUGUGCACCGAUCCUAGAGGGUGAAGCUGCCGCUGCUCGAGAGCUGGAGGAUGUGUUUUUGGAGCUGUGCCCUCCCGAAGACUCCAAUGUGGAUAUAACUGUACCUUCUGGUACUGGUCCAAGUCGUAAACCGUGGACACAGAUCACUAGUGCCCCGCAUGACAUGAUUGCCUAUAGUGUACGCCACGAUAUCGCGGAUAACUGUUCGUUGGCAGUAGCAGCUUCGGUGGAAUUUGCCCUAGGACUGAGCAUGGGCGACGUGGUGGACGUCCUUGACCGGAAUGGUUGCUGGAAUUACGGCGAAGUUGUGGAGAUUUACUCGGAAAGCAGGCUGGGGGUUUCUAAGUUUUUGCUGGUGCGUUUUUCGCUGUGGUCUGAGGACACAGUCGAAUGGAUCGCGGCCAGCGAAGGCCGCAUAUUGCCUCAAGGUGUCGCUAACGGCACACGAUCGUGUUCGGUUGGUCCCACCCGUGCCCACCGAGUCCGUGUCCGAUAUGACCAGAACCUUGCUAGACAAUUAGAGCGGUCUUUCCCACAGCGACAAGCCAAUCGAGCAACCGCUGCAUCUCAAAUGUUAGCACAACGUCAACAUAAUGCCGUCAUACGAUCCUCGAGUGAUCAGCACAAGACACCGCAAAAGCGAAAACGGAAACGGCUAGGUAAAUCUGCAGCAAUGACAACAUCUUAG